GGCAGGCCGGGGCUGAGCGGGCCGCCCCCCGCGGGACCCUGCCGGCCUAGUUGGAGGCUGUGAGCGCAGGCUGGCGGUUGCGGGGCCGGGCCGUGAGGCGGUGUGCUGUGCCGUGCUAGGCCCGGCCGUUCCGGGCCCGGACUCGGGGCCUCCCGGUGCUCGAACGGGGUGGGGGGCGCGUCCUGAAGUGGCGAUCCGAGGCGUAGCGUUUCGUGUGGAACUGACCCCUGUUGGCUCCGUCUCAUCCGCAGGCUGAGCUGUAUGUAGCUUUUCUUCUCGGGUGCUAUGGAUAAGAACACGAAAGAGAACCAUGCUGGGUACCCCGGUCGUGCUCCCAAGGUUGCUAAUCCCAUUGGGGAUGGCCCAAAACGUGUCCCUGUGUCUCAGCAUUCCACCCAGAGCCGGUUACUGAACAGUGGAGUUCAAGCACAACGUGUUCUGUGUCCUUCGAAUUUUGCCCAGCGAGUUCCUGUGCAAUCACAAAAACCUGUAUUGUCAAACCAAAAACUGUCUAAUAACCAGACAACACAGCAGCCACGACCAAAAUUUCUGGCCCAACCGACUGCUAGGCCUCAGGUUCCAAGCAAGAACAAUGAAAAACCUCAACAGGCUCCAGUACCUGCAAAAAAUUCUGAAGCAGACAGCACCUCUAAACCGAAAAAUGAAGAGACUGCUAAAAAGAAAAAUGAAGAGACUAAAAAAAGGCAGUGGUCUCUUGAUGAUUUUGAAAUUGGUCGUCCGCUGGGGAAAGGAAAAUUUGGAAAUGUGUAUCUGGCACGUGAAAAGCAGAGUAAAUUUAUUCUUGCACUGAAAGUACUCUUUAAAACACAGCUCGAGGAAGCUGGCGUAGAGCAUCAACUACGAAGAGAAGUUGAAAUACAGUCUCAUCUUAGGCACCCCAACAUUCUCAGGUUAUAUGGCUACUUCCAUGAUGUUACAAGAGUCUACCUUAUCCUAGAGUAUGCACCUCGUGGAGAAGUCUACAAAGAACUUCAGAAGCUUACCAAGUUUGACGAGCAAAGAACUGCUACUUACAUCACAGAACUAGCAGAUGCCCUAUCAUACUGUCAUUCAAAGAGUGUGAUUCACCGAGACAUCAAGCCAGAAAACUUGCUGCUUGGAUCAAACGGAGAAUUAAAAAUUGCUGACUUUGGAUGGUCUGUGCAUGCUCCAUCUUCUAGGAGAACAACUCUCUGUGGGACGCUUGACUACCUGCCUCCUGAAAUGAUUGAGGGGAGAACACAUGAUGAAAAGGUGGAUAUCUGGAGCCUGGGAGUUCUGUGCUAUGAAUUCCUUGUAGGGAAACCACCUUUUGAAGCAGAAACGUACCAGGAAACCUACAGAGCUAUUUCCAGGGUGGAAUUCAAGUUUCCUCCAUUUGUAACAGAAGGUGCGAGGGAUUUGAUUUCCAAGCUUCUGAAGCAUAACCCAUUCCAUCGACUGCCCCUGAAGGAUGUACUUCUUCAUCCAUGGAUUACAGCAAACUCUACGAAGAUGCCCAACAGCAGAAAAAGCGAUGUUGCUGCCCCAUCCAGAACGCAGUCUUAGCAGGGGUAACCUCAUGGGAUCAACAAGAGGAGUCUCGUACUGUGACUACUGUAAUGCUUACAAUAGGAAAAACAGGUCUUGGACUCCAAUGGCAAUUGGAAUGCAAAUCUUUGGGUUGGCUCUGUCUUAAACUCUAACUGCAGUGUAAAAUUGACUUUUAGCUGGAGGUUGUGGAAUAUUUAACAUACUUGAAAUCAGUUACAUGUGGGCCAGGUCUGUUGAUGUAAGUAUUAAGGUGUUCAAGGCUCUUAUGAUGUGGUCUGUCCUAGUAAUGGUUUGUUGUCCCAACAACAGGAGGAAGUUGUGGUUCUAGCUUAUUGAACAGUGCAAUAUCCCGGAGAUACCUGCCUCCUAACUUACUGGGCUGCUAAGGGUAUCAAACUGUGGUGUAAUUAGAAAGUGAGUGAGGUGAAUGCAUUUCUCUAAGUGUCCUAAAAAUGAUGUGUGCAUUAUUUUUGUCUCUAUUUUGUCUUAAAUGUGAGCACUCGACUUUUUAAAUAAAGACUUGUUAUAU